ACGGUGACAUCAGCAGGAUGUAAAUGCAGCGGCUCGCGGCCUGAUCGGUCUUUUUCCUCUGCCGUGCUGUAGGAGCGGUUGGCCUGCUCUCUGUCUCUGAAGAUUUUAACACCCAAGCCGCAAAAUGAUCAUCUACAAGUGCAUCAUCAGCAAUGAUGAGAUGUUUUCAGAUACCUUCAAAGUAAAAGAAACUGACAGCGGAAUCUUCUUCGAAGUUGAAGGAAAGACGGUGACCAGGACAGAAGGGUUUGACGACGCUUUGAUUUCAGCCAACGCCUCUGCUGAGGAGGCGUGCGAAGGCAACGAGUCGGCCACCGUCUCCGGCGUCGACAUCAUCCUCAACCACAAGCUGCAGGAGACCGGCUUCGACAAGAAGCAGUACAUGAGCUACAUCAAGGAAUACGUCAAGGCGGUGAAGGCCAAGCUGCAGGAAACCAACCCUGACAGAGUGGAGAGCUUCAUGACUGAGGUCCAGCCAGAAGUCAAGAAGAUCCUCGGCAACAUCAAGAACUAUCAGUUUUUCACAGGGGAGUCCAUGAACCCGGAGGGCAUGGUGGGCCUGCUGGACUACCGCGAGGAUGGCGUCACGCCGUACAUGCUUUUCUUCAAAGACGGCCUGCUGGUUGAGAAAUGUUAACUACCUGGAACAUCAUCUGCUGUGUAAUUGACUGCUGCUCCCCAAAAAGCCCCCAUCGCAGACUGCAGGAGCGUUACUCUACAUCAUGUCUGAACGGAUCCUCGUCCUGUCCACACUGUGGCCCGCAGCACCACUAAAACUGUGGGGAAUCUAUUGCCAUUUGGUCACCAAAUACAGUUUUUAACUUUCUUUUUUGCAGUAUUUUUAUUUUUUUUUCCUUUUGGGCCAGCGCUCAUGUUGAAAACGAAACGGCAGGACAGAAAGUGAAGCUCCGACUCCGGCUGCAAAGCAGUUUUUUCUGUUUUAGCAUCAAGUUUGACAUCCACGGCCUUCAUCAUGCUUGGGUUUCUGGUUGUGUUAAACGAGUCCAUCUGCAAUGCAAAGACUUCAGGUUCAAUUUGAAAAUAAAAAGUACCUCUACUUUAA